UCCCCCACAGGUUAAAAUAGAGAAACAACCACAGUGUUCUGCUCUGGAAGCAGAACGCAGAACUUUGUGUUCUAAAAUGUGAAAAAGGUUAGAAAACUUUCCAAAGCUUAAACUGUAAGAAAUAUAGAAGACGGCCCCAGGCCAGUGUCUCCUGCCAGCAUUUCAUUUGGUUCUGUGCGAUGUUUUGCAUCCGUGGCUCAUGGGGGGGUGGAGACUGAGACCUUCCUGAAUGGAAACAGGUAUCAGGUGAACGCUGAGGCAUAAAAGGCUGGCUUCUGGAAAAUUUUCCUCAUUUGGAGCGCCUUGGGAAGAAGACACAGCAGUUAGCAUCAGCCUGGCACUGAGAGGAGCUCAUCAACCUUCAGCAUGAAGCCCGUGGCCUGGAAGCUGCUGUCUCUGGCCCUGCUGGGGUCCAGUCUCUGCUGCAUGGUCCUGGCUCAGGUCAAAGUGGACACCACCACCUCUUCAGGCAAGUCCUUCGUCAGCACCACCGCUACCACCGUCCAGACCGUCACGUCCUCCAGCAACAACAACGGCAACAAUGGCAACAACAAAAACCCAAGCGGCAACGACGCCAAUACCCCAAAGCCCAGCAGCAGCGGCACCAACAGCACCAACAGCUCCAGCAGCUCCACCAGCAGCUCCACCACCAGCAGCUCCAACCAUCAGGACGGGACCAACCAUCAGGACGGGACCAGCCUGCAGCAGCAGAGCGGCACCACAGUCAAACCAGCGAAGGGAAGCUCAGCGGGCGGAGGCAGCAGCUUCUCCUCCAUCAGUCUGCUGCUGGCCUCCAUCCUGGUCCAGGCCGCCUGCUGCCGUUAGGCUGAAGGUCAGAGGAGCUUCUGUGGUCCACCUGAGCUGAGGGCAGGUUAGAGGUAGCAGUAGAGACACAGCAGCAGCUCCAUCAGCCCUGUUGCUUUAUCCCGUAGGUUAACGUGUUCUUCUGAUUAAAUCUUAUAUAACUGAUAACGUUGUUUGGCUCGUUCAGACCGUGGGCGUCGUGGUAACCUCACAGCCGCUCUGAUUGGACGAACAGUCAGACUGUAGUGGUUGAUGCUGAGCUUUAAACCUGCUACUCUUGGUGUUGGUUCUGCUGCAAGAGAUUAAAUAUCUUUAUAUCCUCAGCAAAUAUGGGAAAAUAAAAUGAUAAGAAUGUGUAGCACCUGUAUUUAGAAUGUGAAUUUAAUAUUAUAAGGAAAUAAUGAAUAAAGAUAAAAAGAACAAAUCUUUGACUCCAGCUUGAUUUGGUUCUGAAAUGCGAUGUUUGGUGAAAUUCAAUGAAACCUCAGCAACAGGAAGCUGUUUCCCUUCAAACAUCAUUAGAACUGCUGUCUGUACCUGCAGCACACCUGGACUCCACUUCCUGUUUCUGCUCUCACCUGACUCUGCAGUAUCAGUGAACAGGUAAGAGGCGUGGUGGUCACACCUGGACAGGUGAGCAGUCCAUCAGAGGAAACACAACCUGGAGCAUCCCGUUUCAGAGACAGAAGCCAGAUCUCAAGACUUUUUAACAAACUGAGAUUUAUUGAUCUCCUGGUUCUGGUCGUUUGAAUUUAAACUGGGUCACUGGUUGCAUGUGAGGUUCUUACUGGGCUGAACUAGGCUGAACCAGACCGUCCGUCUAAAUCCAGCCAUCUGCUGUAACACUGUCGCCCCCUGCUGGCAGAGUUACAGCAGGGCUCAGAUUAACUUCAGACGAUUAGAGUCCACUUUAUUUCUGUAGCUCAAGAUCCCAGCAGAACACACCAGAACCCCUCAGAACCAACGGGUUUCACUCACUCUGACUUUCCCUUAUUGCCAUACAGUCAGAGUCAGUGCUAAGUGUUCAGUUCGGCCUGUUAUUCCAAAUAAGAAGUGAAAUCAAAGCUCCACUCCAGAGCAACAGCUCUUCAUGAGCAAGCAUGUGGUGACCGUGGAAAGGAACAAGUAAAUAGCAGCAGACUCCUGAAGGGGAACCCCUGCUCCAGAACGCCUUUCAGUGCCAGACAUGGUUCUUUGACGGUUUCGGUGUCCUGGGAACAUCAGACCUUCAUGCAGGCAGUGCGUGAACAAAUGGACAUCCAUGGAGGGAGGCUCUUUCCGUCUGACGGUGACACGUAUCCCAAAGACAACAUGGGAAGAAUCGACCAAUCAUAGAGCAGGUCUUUGCUCAUCUAUAUAAGCUGAUAUAUAAGCGCA